AACAUCCGGUUGGAAUGAUUCGCAACACAUGGGUCAGAAUUCGCGCCCUGCGGUCAUGUGUCCGACAGGUCUUGGGUAGAAAAUUGCCGACUUUUUCUGGUGGUAGCACCUUCCUCAAGAUCUUUACAGGGUCCUCAGUGACAUUAUGUUUAAUGCCAGUGGUCAGUGCAAUGGAGAUUCCAAAUGUUGAUGACUAUGCCAUGUCCAAGCUCCUCCAAAACUCAAGUGUGGCAAGUGCUGAGGCAGCAUCAGCAUUUCUGUCAUAUGUCACCAUGGCUCUAUACAACACAGAGAAGGAAUACACAAAGGGGAUUUACACCAUGAUAAAGCUGAUAGAGAUGAGACUGGAGAAUCCGGGUCAUCCGGAUCAGGACAAGAUGGAGGAACUUAUUGUAGAGACCAGGAUCCAGGUCAAGUCCCUGAAGAAGAAGAGACAGGACUUGAUGAUGCUAUUGUCUGUGUGUCAGAGACUCGUGAAUGAUGCUUCAGAGGCUGCUUACAUGGCAGGUGCAGAGUUUGCUGGCUAUACAACCAACAACAAAUUGACAAGCUCUGAGAGUUUUCUGUCGCCAUGUGAAAUCGAACGUGUGAUUGCAGAGAGGCACUUGUCGGAGCUUGAAGCUCAUGUCAUUGAGGUGGAAUCUAAACGUGCCAAAGAAGAGGAGGAAAGUGAAACAAAACAGGAAGAAGUGAAGGAUGAUGGGAAUUCUGGAGAGGGGAAUGAAGAUUUGAAUUCUGACAGCAAUACUAGAGACAAGAAAGAAGAUGUGAAAUCUGAAGAAAGUACAGCAAAGGAGAAGGGAGAUCAGUCAAUUGAUGAAGGAAUGGAGGAAACAGACAUUGCUCAGAAAGAUACAAGUAUUUCUUCAGAGACUAGUCCCGAGGCUGAUAAUAAGGAAUUCAUACCCAGAGGGGACUAUGUAGAAACAUUCAAUAUAGGUUCCCAGGAUGAAUCCAUGCAGGAUGAUUAAUUUGUCAACACUUUGGACCUUAUAUGCAUGUUCUUGUAUUUGUUAUAAUUGUUAUGAUAGUGUCUUUGUAAAUGAUUAUAAUAAAUUUUAUGUAUAUUUAAUAUAAAAUAUUUAAAA